AAGAGCUGCAGCGACACGGCGCUGAACGCCAUCGUGGCUCGAGAUGCGUCCGGGAGGCGGAGAGGAAGCUACGCUCUCCACGCCAAUAGUGUGCGGAAAAGAGGCAUGUCCAUCCUGAGGGAAGUUGACGAGCAGUACCACGCCCUCCUGGAGAAAUACGAGGAGUUGUUGGGGAAGUGUCGGCGCCACGAGGAGAGUCUGUGUCACGCCGGAGUCCAAACUUCUCGACCCGUCUCCAGAGAUCCGUCCAUGAAAGACUGCGCUCUCGGAUCCACGCCGGCGCCGCCCCCCACCCCCACGCAGUCGCCCUCCACCCCCGAGGCCAUGGAGAGCAUCAGCAAGCAGGUGGACGCCGUGGAUAAGAGGCUGGGACAAAACACGCCGGAGUACAAAGCGCUUUUUAAAGAGAUCUUCUCCCGGAUCCAGAAGACCAAGAUGGACAUCAAAGCUACCAAAGUUGCUAAGGCGAGCAAGUCUGGCAAAUCGGGCAAAUCUAGUAAACAGUAGAGGUUUAAAACACGUGGGGGCUCUAGAGAGGAGGGAAAUGUGCUAUAUCAGUGUUUGUAGAGAGAGAGUUAAACUGCUAAACUUUAGUUCAGUUCCCUUAGAGGUAAAACAGAAGCACGCUGUUUCAUCGUGAGAAUUCGUAGCCUUCACGAGAAUCUGAUUAGCAUGUAUUACGUUUCAAUCAUAUCUGAAAUAAGUUCACCCUAGAGCUGGGUAAUACCACAUAUAUCACAAAACAUUUUUAAUCUCGAUAUUGUAUCAGAUAAAAAAGGGAUGCCAGCUGUAGAACUUCAGGAAAGACAGCGAGACAGGAAACUUCAUUUAUAAAAUGAAGACCGUGAUUCGUUAGCACGUUAGCUUUUCGUGACUCGUUAGUCACAUGACUUCCGUGUUACUCUCACAAGUUGUUCCUAAAAGCUAGUCACUUAGGGUUUGGUAACGUUUUCGAGUCAACAGUUACUCGAGUCGAUCCUAGACCACAACAUUCUUGUCUUACACGACAAUACCGAUGAAACAUUGAUAUAUUGCCCAGCCCUCGGUCACCCUCAUAUUCUGUCCUUCAGCGUUCUUACUCAAUAUUUACCGGCUAUACUGCCUUACUCCUAACACCUAUCACUAACACAAUGCUAUCUAAUCAGCCUCUCUUUAGCCUCACAAGUGCACUAAAUGUCAAAGCUUAGAAAUGGAUGAAAACAUGGACAUCUAAUACUAACAUGAACUGAGGUUUAUUAUAAUGGACUCUACUAACAAGUGUAUAGCUACAGUAAGAGAGAUGAAUCCUCUCAGCGCUGUCUGUCUCAAGAACUAACUCCAGUUGCUAAUAAUCCUCCUAAAUAUUACACAUUUAAAUUAGCCUUUGAUGAUUGCUCCUCUUGCACCGUUCUCUCUGUGACCUCACUGCUCACGUUCGUUGUGCCUCGCCCUUUAAUGUAGAGAUUUUGCGGAAUAGAUUUAUUCCAGAUGAGGAGAUUGAUAUCCCUGACAUGUCUUUAGAGCAAAUAUGAAGCUACAGCCAGUUAGCCUAGCUUAGCAUUGUGGUGGGAGUGUAUAUAUCAAAUGUGGAUAUAGAAUCAAACCCUUCAACAGAUCUGCUUAUUAAGAACAUUUCCCAAGCUUAGCAAAGACAUGAAAGCCGGUAAAUACAGAUAAACAUGAGCAAAUAACAAUCACACAAUGAUAUUAUUAAAGUCAGUAAGGGAGUAUAAUAUUGUUCUUUUGGAAGCUAGGAAACCGUUAGCCUGACUCCGUUGUGUGUUUGUAUGCACCAGACUAUUUUGUUUGCCAGUGGGGGGUAAUCUUGAGAAACUAGCAAGAGUUUAGUAGAUUUGAGAAGUAUCUAAAGUAUAAAUCCAUACCGAUUUCCAAGCUAGCAGCACUAGCUACCAAAGUGGCUAACUCUAGCAGAAAAGCCGCAACACUAAUUCUUAUUGAGCAAAAUGAGAACGUCCGGACGGACUUAUUAAAACUUCCUCACGCAGCUUUAAUUCGCUGUUAGCUUUGGACGGAGCUAGGCUACUUUAACCUUAGCAUAGCGAGCUAACUGACUGCUAAGUAUCUUUGUUGGCAAGACAGCAAAUACGCGUAUUUCCCCAAAAUGUUAAACUACUUUAACAUGCCAGGGGAAGUCAGAUAAGAGGCAUGCUAACUGGAAAGAAAGCCAGACAGGAAACUUAAUUUACAUUUGUGAUAUAAAUACAGUUUCCUACCACUGUGCCAAAGUUACUUCAGCGCUUUAAGGUACAGAAAAGUGUUUCUUAUUUAUAGCAGUAAUUGAUAUCUACAAUACAAUUGGACGGACUUACUAAAUCUGCCUUUAUUCGCUAGCUUUGGCCAGGCUAGUUGUUUACCCUGUCUGUAGCUAAGCAAGCUAACGUACUGAUAGCUGUCUGUCGCUAAGCAAGCUAACGUACUGAUAGCUGUCUGUCGCUAAGCAAGCUAACGUACUGAUAGCUGUCUUUCGCUAAGCAAGCUAACGUACUGAUAGCUGUCUUUAGACAAGCAAGCUAACGUACUGAUAGCUAUCUUUAGUGAAAGUGUGGUAGACCUAUCGGCAAGAAAGCAAAUAGGUGUAUUUCUCAAAAUGUUAAAUUAGUUUAAGAUGCCUUAGGAGAUCAGAUACAAAGGGACGGGAUGCAGAGGUGUGUUUUUGUUUGUAGCAGUACGUGAUAUCUACAGGUUUUAGUUGACUUGUUUUAUGAAUGUUUAACUCGGAUGAUCCCACUGAGAAGCUGCUGUCUUGCAAAAGACAAUCUCUGCAGAUAUUUCACUAUUUCUUAAGGACGGAUAAUAAAACACCAAUGUUGGGUUAUCACCGCAUGUUAGUGUUCCUAACACACGAGGGAAUGGAAUGGGAUUAUAAAUGGACAGCAUGAAGAUUAAAACUAGAAUUUGGACACUUUUUUAAGAAAUUGGUCCAAAGAUGAUAACUGAUAUUAUAUUCCUUCUUAGCUUUUUAUACAAGUGUUGUAUUUCUCUUUAAUUGAAGCUAAACAGACGCACUGUAACCAGUAUAAGGCUUCACACAGGGCUUUGUGUAACACCUAACCAGUGGCGUGGCGUGGGGAAAAAAUUAGGGGAAGCCAAUAAUACGUCCUUUCUUUUGGGGUGGGGGGUGUGGUGGUCAAUG